AUGCAAUCCCACAAAAGAACCUUCCUUGCGUUGGCAAUUCUUUUCGCUUUGCUUGUCCUCACUGCAUGCUGUUGUCAUGCCAAACUGGAGAAUUUAGAAGAGACUACUCAAGAUGAUACUCCUGCUUUUGAAAGUGAGGAGAGUUAUGGAUACGGACGUCAUUACUACAAACCACGUUAUCAUCGUUAUCGUCGUUAUUACAAGCCAUAUUAUUACAAGCCAUACAGAUAUUACAAACCUUACAAGUAUCAUUAUAGAAAGCCAUAUCGUCAUUAUUAUAAGCCUUAUAAGUAUUAUAAGCCUUACAAAUAUCACAAGUACAAGUAUUAUUAA